GCUCAUAUUUCUUGUUCUUAUCUGCCUUCGAUAAACCGGGAACACUCGUUUCUAAAUCAGUGAAUAUGUGCGCAAGAACACUUCGCUGGAAUAACACAUUUGCAGGCCAUUGCCCCAUGAAAUACUUACAUGUUUUCUUCAGCUUCUGAACUGGGCUCUCACCUACAACAGCUAUUCCUACUGCCAGUCAGCUUUACACUCCAAGAGAGUACCACAAUAUAUUGAAGAGACCUCAACAUGUCUACCAUACUCUAUCAAUUCGAUCCUGAUGGAGAUGUGACAUUCAUCAUGGAGCGUGCUCCAAAAUCCCUGCCGCAAAAUUUGAGUGAUCUCAACGCUUCUCUCCUCUCGAAGUGCUAUGUAAGUAGUCAGUCAGGUCUCGCCAAACCCUCUGGAUUAUCUCUGCACAUUCGUGCGUCCUCAAAGCAUUUAAUUCUAGCCAGCCCACAGUUCAGGGCCACAUUCCGAAAUGGGUUCCAGGAGGGCAAUGAGCUCCGAUCUGCGGGCCAGAUAGAGAUGCCGAUCUGUGACUGGGAACCUGUGCCGUUUCUGCUACUGAUGGCUAUCUUUCACGGGCAGACUCGGUUAGUGCCACACUCUCUAUGCUUUAACUGGCUGAGAGAUAUGGCUGUACUUGUUGACUACUACCAAUGCUACGAAGCUGUUGCCAUGGCUUCUGAUCUGUGGACUAGAGAAUUUGGAAAAGAAGCAGUGGACAAUAGCUAGGGAGAAUCCCAUGGAGUGGCUAUGCAUCACAUGGGCUUUUAAAAAGGCUCAAGCCUUUGAAUUCGUAACGAAGCACAUCCAGCUAGAGCACACAGAAAAGAUCUUCGCAAAUAAACUGGCAAUCCCUGCUAAGGUCAUAGAUACGCUGCGGACGUCGAGGGAAGCAGGUAUUUGCAAUGUUAUUGACGUUCUUU